AGGGCUCUUAUUUUGCUUAGCUGAACCGACUCGCCGGCUGUGGCGUUAGCUGUGUUAGCCUAGCCGUGCGUGACCAUGCCGACGGUCAGCGUUAAGCGGGACCUGCUGUUCCAGGCGCUCGGACGGACCUACACUGAUGAAGAAUUUGAUGAGCUGUGCUUCGAGUUCGGCCUGGAGCUGGAUGAGAUUACGUCGGAGAAGGACAUAAUCAGCCGUGAGCAGGGCGACCAGAAGGCUGAAGGCGCCUCUGAUGUGAUUCUGUAUAAGAUCGAUGUUCCAGCUAACCGCUAUGACCUGCUGUGUCUGGAGGGUCUGGUCAGAGGGCUGCAGGUCUUCAAGGAGAAAAUGGAAGCCCCCCGUUACAGACGUGUCAGUCCGGCGAAUGGGGACCCUCAGCGGCUCAUCAUCACAGAGGAGACGGCGGGCGUGAGACCCCACGCUGUGGCCGCAGUCUUACGCAACAUCACCUUCACGCCGGAGCGCUACGAGAGCUUCAUCGAGCUGCAGGAGAAGCUCCAUCAGAACGUCUGCAGGAAAAGGACGCUGGUUGCCAUAGGAACCCACGACCUGGACACCGUCUCGGGGCCGUUCACCUACACGGCCAAAGCGCCCGACGACAUCCGCUUCAGACCCCUCAAUCAGAGCCAGGAGUACACGGCCACUCAGCUCAUGAGCCUCUACAAGACGGACAGUCACCUGAGGCAUUACCUGCACAUCAUUGAGGACGAGCCGCUCUACCCCGUCAUCUACGACAGCAACGGCAUCGUCCUGUCCAUGCCCCCCAUCAUCAACGGGGAUCACAGUAAAAUCUCUGUGAACACGAAGAACGUUUUCAUCGAGUGCACGGCGACAGACCUCACUAAGGCUAAGAUCGUGCUGGACAUGAUGGUGACGAUGUUCAGUGAAUACUGCGCUGAGCCGUUCACGGUCGAGGAGGCCGAGGUGGUUUAUUCUGAUGGGAGGAUGUUCUCUUAUCCAGAGCUGGCCUACAGGACAGAAAACAUUUCAGCAGAUUUCAUCAACUGCAGAGUCGGCGUGAAUGAAUCAGCUGAAAGUAUCGCCCAGCUGUUGACCCGGAUGUGCCUGAGGUCAGAGGUCAGCGGUGACGAUGGUCAGAUCCAGGUGGAGAUCCCGCCCACUCGCUCUGAUGUCAUCCACGCCUGUGAUAUCAUGGAGGACGCUGCCAUGGCGUACGGCUUCAACAACAUCACCAUGACGACGCCCCGCACCUACACUGUAGCCAAUCAGCUUCCUCUGAAUAAGCUGACGGAGUUGUUGAGGAUGGACCUGGCAGCAGCAGGAUUUACUGAAGCUCUCACCUUCGCUCUGUGCUCUCAGGAGGAUAUAGCUGAUAAACUGGGAAAGAACAUCUCAGAGACGAGAGCCGUGCACAUCUCCAACCCCAAAACUGCAGAAUUCCAGGUGGCGCGGACCACUCUGUUACCGGGGCUCCUGAAGACUGUGGCUGCUAACAGGAAGAUGCCCCUCCCCCUCAAACUGUUUGAAAUCUCUGACGUGGUCCUGAAGGACGAAACCACUGAUGUAGGUGCUCGGAAUAACAGGCGUUUGUGUGCCGUCUACUACAACAAGACUCCGGGCUUUGAGGUCAUCCAUGGCCUUCUGGACCGGGUCAUGCAGCUGCUGGAGGUCAGACCGGGCCGUAAACAUGGCUACUACAUCCAGGCCGCAGAGGACUCCACCUUCUUCCCCGGCCGCUGUGCCGAAAUCUUCUCUCACGGUAAAAGCGUCGGACGCCUCGGAGUCCUUCACCCCGACGUCAUCAGCGGCUUCGAGCUCACCAUGCCCUGCUCCGCCCUCGAAAUCAACAUCGAACCCUUCCUGUGAUGUCACAGUUUAAGCCACACCCACACUAGCAGCAUCGUGCGCUAGCCCAUAGAUCUUCAAAUAUGCUUGUGGAUCCAGGUUCCAGUCCUGGUUUUUGUAUUCACUGAACUGUUGAUGAGCUCAUGACUCUGAAAUGGUAGAGCGAGCAUCACACUCAACACUCUCUCUACCAGUUCAGAUGGCAAAUUUUGAAAAACUGUGCUCUGAUUGGCCGCCUGCCGUACAAGUGAAUACAAAAUCCUGGACCGGAAUCUGGAUUCAGUCUCCGGAUUUGAAGACUUCCACACUGGCCAGACUUGUUAACAGUUGGCUGCUGUUGUUUACACCCACUGUAGCCCCACCCACAUGUGGAGGAGGUGGGCGGAGCUCCAUUCUUUCCAUGUCAGAUUUAAAUCAGCAAAAAUCAGGUCAAUAUUUUAAUGGAAGAGUCUUGUUGAAUGGACGUUCAUAUUUAAUCACUCAUAAGCAGUAGGUUAAUGUGUCUGUACUUCAUAUGCCUGCAUAUUACAUCUGACGUUAAAAUAAAAAUGGACAAAAACAUCAA